CAGGACCAGUUUGGAAUAUACUCUCCGUUUACAACUCCUCACCUGUUCUGCUCCUCAUAACUGCACCUGAGUCUGCUUUCAGGGCAUUUGAAACCAGAAACCCCCUCUAAAGGGUUGCUUUUCUUUUUUUGAAUUGCUUUUUUUGAAUUUGACUGUAGUCUCUCCCCAAAACUCGUAGUUUUCCAUUCUUCCAAAUGCAACGUCUGCAAGUGUCGCUUUGCAUGUGGUUGUAGACGCUGGGAAAAAAAGGAAUUUUGCACAGGAUAUUUUUUAUUUUUACAAUUAUAAAUUCAUCAUUAUUUUUUGGGAAGCGCGUCCAUUAUUUUUGUACCCACGAUGUCUGAUGCUAACGCUGAAUGCAAUAUCAAAGUAUUGUGUCGAUUCCGUCCUUUGAACAAGUCUGAGAUCAUCCGUGGAGAUAAGUUCAUCCCAGUGUUUCAAAGAGAGGACACUGUCAUCCUCGGGGGGAAGUCGUAUGUGUUUGACCAGGUGUUUCCCACCAACACCACCCAGGAGCAGGUCUACAACGCCUGUGCCAAGCAGAUUGUCAAAGAUGUACUGGGAGGAUACAAUGGGACUAUCUUUGCUUAUGGGCAGACCUCCUCGGGAAAAACAUACACCAUGGAGGGGAACCUUCACGAUCCCCAGGGGAUGGGAAUCAUUCCUCGUAUUGCAGAGGACAUUUUCGAACAUAUAUUUGCCAUGGAUGAGAAUCUGGAGUUCCACAUUAAGGUUUCCUACUUUGAGAUCUAUAUGGAUAAAAUCCGGGACCUUCUGGAUGUGACAAAAACCAACCUGUCAGUGCAUGAAGACAAAUACAGAGUCCCUUAUGUGAAGGGCUGCACAGAGCGCUUUGUCACCAGCCCUGAAGAAGUGAUGGAUGUAAUAGAUGAAGGGAAGGCCAACCGCCACAUUGCUGUCACCAACAUGAAUGAGCACAGUUCCCGCAGCCACAGCAUCUUCCUCAUCAACAUUAAGCAAGAGAAUGUGGAGACGGAGCAGAAGCUGUGUGGAAAGUUGUACCUGGUCGACCUAGCUGGAAGUGAGAAGGUCAGUAAGACAGGUGCAGAGGGAGCGGUACUGGAUGAGGCCAAGAACAUCAACAAGUCUCUGUCGGCUCUGGGGAACGUCAUCUCAUCCUUGGCCGAGGGAACGAAAUCCCACGUGCCAUACCGAGACAGCAAAAUGACUCGCAUCUUACAGGACUCGCUGGGUGGGAACUGUCGCACCACCAUGUUCAUCUGUUGCUCUCCCUCCAGCUACAACGACGUAGAGACCAAAUCCACCUUAAUGUUUGGCCAAAGAGCCAAGACCAUCAGGAACACCGUAACUGUGAACCUGGAGCUCACGGCCGAGCAGUGGAAGAAGAAGUAUGAGAAAGAGAAAGAGAAGAACCGGUCAAUGAAGGAGACGAUUCAAAGACUGGAGGCUGAGCUGAACCGCUGGAGGAGUGGUGAGGAUGUUGUGUUGGAGCCUCUGAGCCCAGAGUCUGAGGACGUCCCUCUGGUCCCUCCCGAGUCUGAGGAGCCGAUCCUCGACAUCUGCAGCCCCUGCAGCCCCUGCUCUGACGUCUCCUCCAUUGUGGUGCACAUCUCAGAGGAGGAGCGGCAGAAGUAUGAGGAGGAGAUCCGCAAGCUUUACAAACAGCUGGAUGAGAAGGAUGAUGAGAUCAACCACCAGAGCCAGAUGGUGGAGAAACUAAAGGAGCAGAUGCUGGACCAGGAGGAGCUUUUAGCAUCAUCCAGAGGGGACAGCGAGAAGGUUCAGUCAGAGCUCGGCAGGCUACAGACCGAAAACGAGUCCGCCAAGGCUGAGGUCAAAGAGGUCCUGCAGGCCCUGGAGGAGCUGGCAGUCAACUACGACCAGAAGAGCCUGGAGGUGGAGGAGAAGAGCGUGCAGAACAAGCUGCUUGCCGAGGAGCUUGCAAAGAAAAUGGCUCACCUCAUGGCUCUGGAGGCGGAGCUGUCCCGAAUCCAGGAAGUGAGCAGCCAUCAAAGGAAACGCAUCGCUGAGAUUCUCAAUGGGCUGAUGAGGGACCUGAGCGAGUUCAGCACCAUUGUCGGAAACAGAGAAAUCAAGCUGCCCAUGGAGAUCACCGGUGUAAUCGAGGAGGAGUUCACCGUGGCUCGCCUCUACAUUAGUAAGAUAAAGUCAGAGGUGAAGUCCAUGGUGAAGCGCUGCCGGCACCUGGAAAACCUGCAGAUGGAGUGUCACCGCAAGAUGGAGGAGACAGGCAGAGAGCUGUCCUCGUGCCACCUCCUUGUGUCACAGCAUGAAGCAAAGAUCCGCUCUCUGACCGAGUACAUGCAGAAUGUAGAGAAGAAGAAGAGACAGCUGGAGGACAGCUACGACUCCCUGAGCGAGGAACUGGCCAAACUCCAAGCUCAAGAGCGAGUGUCACAGGUGACCAGGGGGGAGAAUCACACGUCUGACUUGGAUUCCGGUGAUAUAAAGAGGGCUCUGGAGCAGCAGAUGGAGUCCCAUCGUGAGGCGCACAGCAAACAGCUCGGCCGCCUGCGAGACGAGAUCAAUGAGAAGCAGAAGAUCAUUGACGACUUAACCGACUGUAACCAGAAGCAGCAGCUGGAGUUGGAGCAACUGCAUUGUGACUUCGAAUGUCUGAGGAGCCGAGAGCAUCACAAGAGCCGGCAGCUGGAGGAGUUGACAUUUCUUCAUGAGCGACACGAGCAGUCAAAGCAGGAUCUCAAAGGGCUGGAAGAGACUGUUGCUCGUGAGCUCCACACCCUGCACAACCUACGCAAGCUUUUUGUUCAAGACCUCACGACUCGAGUUAGAAAAAGUGUACAGAUGGAGCCUGAUGACAGUGGGGGAUACAUUACCCAGAAACAGAAGAUUUCCUUUCUUGAGAACAACUUGGAACAGCUUACAAAAGUUCACAAGCAGCUGGUACGUGACAAUGCAGAUCUUCGCUGUGAACUUCCAAAACUGGAGAAGCGUCUUCGGUCUACAGCUGAACGAGUUAAGGCGCUUGAGGGUGCACUGAAGGAGGCAAAGGAAGGAGCCAUGAAUGACCGCCUCCGCUACCAACAGGAAGUGGAGCGAAUCAAAGAUGUGAUGAGAGCUCGCAAUCCCUUCCGUCGGCCUCAUGCUGCACUGAUAGCCAAACCUGUGCGUGCUGGCCACUAUCCACCCUGCUCUCCCACAAACCCCUUCUUCAUCCGAGGCUACAGCGAUCACCCCGUUGCCUUCUUCAAAGCUGAUUUCCACAACAGCAACAACCAAGGCGCAGCUGCUCCUCCCGCCGCGCCUCCGGCUGCUCCCGAAUCACCGGACAGUGAAUCACCGAGGUUAGCCGAGACAAACUCCAACCAGAACAGCCCCUCUAAACACCUGGAUGCCCAAAACAUCGAUUCACCCGACAACGACCCUCAGAAUAACAUGCUUCCAGCUGAACCGGUAACCCAAACGGACCAGAGCACUGCAGAGAUGCUUGACUCAGAAAACGGAAACACCACAGAUAUCAAUGACAACAGAGUUGACGUCUGUGACAAUCAGGAUCCAGCCAGACUCUACAGCCUGCAGCCCGAGGCCACAGCCAGCUAAUAGUCUUGAGCAGGCAGACGCUCUUUCUGAGGCCUCCUCUGUAAAUUUGCAUGCAGUUGAUCACUGUCCUCUCAGCCUUCCCUCCCUCGCCCAGCCUCACCUGCUGUAAACAGCCUCUCUCCCUCUCCUGUGUUCCCUUUCCUCCCCCCCUGCUUGUUCCUCUUCAAUCCCUUCUCCUUCCUGUGCAACGAUACGGUUUAUGUUGGUAUCAGUGGGACAUGUGGCAAACACUGCAUCUCAAAUGCUCGACUUGGCAGCUUACACCUAUUAUGCUGCCCAUCCCAGCCUGCGACUUGGAAAACAAUGAGACUUCACAGAUGAAGGUGGGGAAGACGGUGCAGUUCUUUAGGUAACCACUAGGAAGUGCUGUUUGCCCCAGCAGGGUAUCACCAUGGGCAUAGAGUACAUUCAACAAUCAGCUGGGAGCUAGGAUCAUUAUUAUUAUUAUUAUUAUAAAACAUGCAUAUAGAUCUUAAAACAGUCAUGUUGAUAAUAUUUAUACUUUUGACUCUGCAUGUUGAUUUUUGAUGUUGGUGUUCUACUUUUCUUGGAAAAUACAGGGGAAAAAGAAGAACUGUUAAGGCAACAUGAUGAUAAAAUGUUUCAGUGUAAACAACAGAAGAGGAUAAGAGCAGUUUGUCAAUAGAAAUGGGAAAUUAAGUCUUAAAGGAGGCUGUGGAUAAGGCUGAAGUUGGAGAGUUUGUUCAAUUUUUUUGUAAUUGUACAAAAAUGCCAUAAAAAAGAGAAAACCAACAGUCAUGACUCUCUUAGGCUUUAGUAUUUCACAACUUGGCCGACCUUUCUGUGUCACUCAAGCUCGAGCUCAGUGACAGUGCAAUAUUUAAAUUAUAGCCCUUGAAUAUGGUGUUUUAUUUUACUAAAAAAAGGAUGUGAUAUUCCCUUAAAGAGCUGUGCACUGUAGACUUAAGCAAAAAUAACCCAAACAGAAAUA